GGUUAGCACUAUAUGGGCGCUAUCUUCUGCAGCCCUAGCGUGAGCGCGGCUCAGCGCCACCCAUCUCGAUGGUCAUGGUCUGACAUACAAAUGAAGAAAAAGAAGAAAAGAACUCAUGGCGCAAUUUAUGCACAUUGCUGCGAUGGCCGCGGCCGAUCACACGGCAGCGCCAGCCAGGCGCGACGACAAAACGCGAUCGGCAGCCACUGACCAGCAGGACGCUGCCACGACCCCGCGUUUGUCUACGGGCAAGAAUGGCGGCUUAUUGCGGCGGCGGCGUGGCACAGGCUUGGGCGGCGACCGCGGCCAGGCAGCAGCAAGAAGCUCGACACCGUGGCUGCUAGAGGAGGCUCGUCCGCUCGGUUGCUCGCGCUACGACGUCGUCAAGGGCCGCAUGUACCGGCUGUUGUACGCGACGUUCGGCGUCACGUUCGCCAUCCUGGUGUGCGGCCUCGCUUCGGUGGUGCUCGACUGGCACCGCGGCCUGGGAGUCGCCCUGAUCUUCACGGGAGUUGCGCUCGUGGUCGCCUGCUGGGCCGUGUUCCUGUGCAGCUGCGCCGAGCGGUCGCGAACCUUCCUCGCAGCCAUCGCGCCCAGCUACUUGCUCGAUCCCACCUCGGCCGCGGAUGCCGACGGACAACGACGCGAUGGCGGCACGGAGGACCAAGACUUUGCGUCUCCAGGAGAUGUCGUCGACUACAAGUGCCUCUGAUUCGACGCAGCCCUAUUUCCAGUAAAAAAGAAGAAGAAAAGAGAAACGCCAGGACCCAUUUCACGACGUCUGCCGACGGCAGCGCACUCGGCA